AUUAUUUUUUUGUUACAGGCCCUUCAAGAUGGAGGCUCGGCAAGUAGUGCAGUAUCUCAUUUCGAACCUCAGGUGGCGCUUCUGUGUGAUACCGGAGUUCACGGCCAAGAAGCUUACCACCCCCAAUACAUGACAGAGCAGGGAAGGUGGCAGACUGAUUUAUCUUCAAAAGCCACGUGUAUUAAAGACAAAAUGGAUAUAUUAGAUUAUUGUAAGAAGGUUUACCCGAAAAGGGAUAUUACAAAUAUAGUAGAAAGCAGUCACUAUUUGAAAAUUGGCAGCUGGUGUAGGUCGGGUUCAACGACGGGGUCCCAAGUUAGAGGAAAAUGUAAAACGGCGAGAUGGGUUAAGCCCUUCAGAUGUUUAGAGGGCCCAUUCCAAUCGGACGCUCUUUUAGUGCCGGAGAAUUGCCUUUUCGAUCACAUCCAUAAUCAAAGCAACUGUUGGACGUUUGGACGCUGGAAUUCGACGGCUGCCAAUGCUUGUCAAGAAAGGGGGUUGCAAUUGCGAUCGUUUGCGAUGUUACUGCCCUGUGGAAUUUCGCUCUUCAGUGGAGUUGAAUUCGUUUGUUGUCCAAAACAUCUGAAAGAUAACAUGAAACCCAAGAAACCCAUUGAUUUGGCAGUUUUGAAAUAUGACCAACAAGAACUGCUAGAUACCGACGACGAAUCGUUGGAUUCAGAAGAAGACGAUGACGAUGAAGAGAAAGAUGAUUUGGAGGACCUUGGUGACGAUACCGAAUUAGCCGACGAUCCCGGCGUAGAGGAUGAAGAAGAGGACGAUGACGAUUACGAUGAAAAUGAUCAAAAUUGGGACACGACACCUUCCAGCACAACGUAUGUGCCAAAAUCUACAGCGCCGCCAUCAUCUACCGUAUCCUCUACUCGAAUUACACCGUUGCCAACACCCGAUCCAUACUUCACCCACUUCGAUCCCAGAAAUGAACAUCAAAGUUAUAAAGAAGCACAGGAACGUUUAGAGGAGGCUCAUCGAGAAAAGGUAACGCGAGUUAUGAAAGAUUGGUCAGACUUAGAGGAACGUUACCAAGACAUGAGAUCUAGCGACCCACGAGGUGCUGAUAGCUUCAAACAAAGAAUGACUCAGAGAUUCCAACAAACUGUUCAGGCAUUAGAAGAAGAAGGCGACGCUGAGAAACACCAAUUGGCCGCCAUGCAUCAACAGCGAGUACUUGCUCACAUUAACCAAAGAAAAAAAGAGGCCAUGACCUGUUACACGCAAGCUUUGAAUGACCAGCCACCUAAUACUCACCGCGUGCAAAAAUGCUUACAAAAAUUACUUCGCGCCCUUCACAAAGACCGUGCGCAUGCCAUUACGCACUACCGCCACUUAUUGCAGAGUAGCUUGGAAGCGGCAAAUCGGGAACAAGCGAGAACACUGGAACGUUUAACAGACAUAGAUCGCACAGUGAAUCAGAGCAUGCAAAUGUUAAAACGUUACCCGGAGUUAUCCUCGAAGAUCGGUCAACUAAUGGACGAUUACAUUCAAGCUCUAAGAUCAAAAGACGAAACUCCCGGAUCGCUUCUGGCGAUGACCACAGACGCCGAAGCGGCCAUUUUGGACAAAUACAAAUCCGAAGUGGUAAGCAAGCAAGCGGAACGAGAAAGACAACGAUUGCAGGAAAAGGCUAGAAAAGAACAAAGAAAGAAAGAAAGGAUGGAGUUGCGAGAUGAAAAGAAACGAGUGGAAGAAGCGCUGGGUAAAAAAAUUAGUAAUUUUGAUCCAGAAGAUAUGGAAAAUGAAUCAUUACCAGAAGACAGAACUACACCAUCUUCUACUUCUGGAAGCACAAUGUCAGAGAUGAUCAGCAAUCCUGUUACCACUGUUGAGCAGCGUCAUGAAGUGGAUGAUGCUGCUGUUCAGCAGGCAGUUGAAGAAGUUGCUGCCGUAGCUCAUCAACAGGAUGUGAUACGUGUUGCACAUGCGAUGACGCAUGACAUUAGUCAUGGAGAAGCUACAUACUCAGUUCGGCGAGAGGUGUACGGCCAUAGGGAUGGUAAAAGUGUGUACUUCACUCUUGCCUUCGCCGGCAUGGCCCUAAUGGCAGCAAUAGUCGUGGGAAUCGCGGUGGCAAGGCGUAGGUCAGCCCGAUCCCCACAAGGACAAGGCUUUGUAGAGGUAGAUCAAGCAGCGACACCGGAAGAGCGGCAUGUCGCCAAUAUGCAAAUAAAUGGAUACGAAAAUCCAACAUACAAAUAUUUUGAAGUGAAAGAAUAAUUUAUGUUCUUAUAAUUCAAAUUUGGACAUUUUAAUUUAAAUUAUAAUAUGGUUGAUAUUAUUUUGCUUGGCAGCCUUUUUGUACAAUAGAUGUUAAUUAUUGUUUAAUAUUUAAAAUAAAGUUUAUAGUGGCGGAUACUGGUACAACUGGUAGAUGACUAAAACAAUUGCAGAAGUGAAUUUUAAGACAUAAGCUUAGAAACACUAAACGACUACUAGUACGAUUGUUCUACCCGCAUUAUAUUACCCGUCCAAUAGUUAGUUACAAAUAAUUUUCUGAUUGCUAUACUUAUUCGUGUCAGUAUUACAUGAAGUCUACAUUGUAUACUACAACCAUUAUUCGAUUCCAAAUUGCUCAUUGGUUUUAAAUAGAUACAAGUUUUUUGAGGGACAGCACCUUUGCAGUGGUAGGUAUUAUGCAGUAUUAUGAUACUUAAGCUGUUUCUUUUGUUUGCGAAGUAAAUAUGCUAUAAGAGAAUACACUGGUGCAGCAUAUCAAUGACGAUAGAGAAGAAACUUCGAGUAUAGUUUAAUAUCAUAUAGCUUUAAAGUGUCCAUCAUAUUUACAAAUGAAAGCAAUAGGUGAAUUUUGUUUUAAAUGUAUGCAAAGGUGUAUCUCAAGAACAAAGUGCUAAAAACAAUUUUCAGUAAUCAUAGUAUAUUGGAAACUGUAUAUUAUCCUAUCAACUUGCAAGUCCGUAUUGCAGAAAAAUCUCUGGCCACGACAUUAUAUCCGCAGUGCUCUCAGUGUGCAUGCCCCGCCUUUAACAUUGUUAAAUAAAUGAAAUGAGUACCUACCUAUAGCUAGAAUAUGUCUUUUCGAAUAUAUUUUACUAAUUUAAUACGUAACUACUGAAAUAUAUAUAUCCGCCACAUGUUUUAAUUGUUUUAAUAUUUUUUAAGAUUUACUUAAUUAUAUUGUAAAACUACCUAGAAGAUCAUUCCAAUUAAUAUUUAAUUGAUGUGCGAUAUUUGUAAAAUACUUGUUUAAAUGUACUUAAUCUGUUUAACGCAACUUGAUAAUAAUUGAGAUAUAGUGUAAUUUUACAUACACAUAAACUACAGUGUUAUUUAAGUAUAUUUUUAAAAUUUCAAAAAAUAAUUUUUUAGUCUAUCAUAUGCAUUAAAUAAUAAGAACUGAGAACAGUUUUUAUAUUACCUUCAGCUUUAAAAAAAAUUAUUGCAUAUGAGAGUCCAUCUUUGCAUAAUUGUAAUCAUACUAAUUCUAACAUUAGUCGGAUAUUGUAAUGAUAUGUUGUUACAAGAUGUAAAUCGUAAUAGUAGUGUAGAAAAGUGCAAAUAUCAUUGCGAUAUCUCAAGGCGUAGGUAAAUGUACGGUACCUAUAUAAUGUAGACCCUCCAUAAAAUAAUUUUAGAUUAUGUAACGCAUGUGUAAUCUAAAAAAAGAAUGCUUUUUGUACAAAGUCGUUUUUCAUUUACUAAAAAAUUAACUCAGCUUGUUACAAACACGGCAUUUUUUUUAAAACUGUUUUCUUUAAAUGCAAGCACAAUGACUGUGGUGCAGUUUGAAUACUUGUAUAUCUUUCUUUAAAACAAUGGGUGUGUUUUAUAUGUAGCAAAGUGUUUGUGCAUUGCAUUGUCGAUUAUUAUUUUAAAUUUAAAAUCAUGGAUUUCAAGACAUAUUGAAUUGUUGCUAAGAAUGAAAUACAAUGUAUUCGUGGUGAAUAAUUUCAAUUCAAAUUUCAUAUCAACUUGCAAUUUUGUAUCAUACUGGUUAAGAGAAAUGAAGAAUGAAUUUUGUGGCUAAAUUGCUAAAGUCAAAAUUUCAUUUAAAGUGUAACUUCGAAAUGUGUGUAAAAUUUUUAUGUGCAGGAGAAAUCCGAACAUCAUAAUUUUAGAGUACUUUACGAUCAUGUCAUCUACA